ACUUUCAUUUAUCAGGAAGAAGCAGCGUUCAGAGCCGAAAGCCAGCUGAAGGCUCCAAUGAUGUCAUCACAGAACAAAGAUGAAGCGCUGGUUAGUCUCUGUGUGAAGUGGUCAAGGGGUGGUGGACCAUGGAAAUUAAAACUGGAUUCACAGCAACUCCUCCAGUCUUGGUUCAGUGGAAACCUCAUUGAAGUAGACUGUGCAGUUUUAAGUGCCACAACAGAUGGGAGUGUUGUGAUGAAGAUUACACCGGCUUCAGCCCUGGCUCAGCUUUGGAAACUGCAUGGACAAACUCUGACGGGGAAAGAUGGGGAAACAGUCACAAUAAUGUCUGUUAGUCUGACACCACCAGAGCUGGAGGAAGAAAUACCAGACAAUGCUUCAAUGGACCUUCCAUCUACUUUUAAUAUCCCAAUGUACCAUUACUGGUACGUGAACCAGGCCUACAAGGAGGAAAUUAAACAUAUAGAGAGAGAGAGUGGCGUUAAAAUCAUGGCAGAAGUGAAGCUGACAUUUGAAGCACACAAGCAAGAUGGAAAUCCAAACUAUGCUUUUUCUGAGUUCAUUAACCUUGUCCAGAAGUGCUCAGCUGAAUCCAGAGGCUUCACUGUUCCUCUCAAGAAUGUGAAUGCAGAACAGUUAAAGGACACACUGAAAAUCCUCCAGAGACCUGAGAACAAACUUUUGCUUAAUGUAUCCUCUGAAGAAAUGACUGUAUGUGGGCCAAGACGAAGUCAAGAUGCCAUCAGACAGUCUUUAAAUGCAGAUCAGGAACCCCUAACAAAUACCUACACUCCUGUGUCUUCUGGGGCGUCUCAAGACACAUCAGUGAACCUUGGCGGCAUGGAAACAAAGAUGAAGUUCAAGUCACCUUCUCAGUCAAGUGGUCAGAGGGUAUUAAACCGCAGAAAGCUAAAGUAGAACUCCAAAAAGUUCUUCAGACUUGGGCCAACAGAACCAAAUGUAACCAAGACUACACAGUUUUAAAUGUCUUAGAGGAUGGGAGAGCUGUGAUAAAGAUUAAACCUGCUCCAGCCUUGCUUGAGCUUCAGAAACUGAGUGGACAAACACUGACCAGGAAAAAAGGGGAGACAGUCACAAUAAUGUCUGUUAGUCUGACACCACCAGACCUGGAAACACGAAUACCAGACAAUGCUUCAAUGACCCCUACUCCUUCAGCUGUGUCAAAGCCACAACAUGAGGAAAUGCAACUGGUGGAACGAAGCAGUUCCAGCAGUUCAGCAGCAGUUUCUGCAGCAGGAGAGGAAACAUCUCCUUUAUCUAUUCCAGUGGGUCAUUUCUGGUAUGUGAACCACAUCUACAAGGAAGAAAUUAAACGUACCGAGAAAGAUAAUGGAGUUAAAAUCAUGGCAGAAGUCAAUGUGACAUUUGAAGCAAACCAGAAAGAUGGAGACGGACAAAAAGCUCGCUAUGACUUCAUUACUCUUGUCCAGAAGUGUUUAGGUGAAUCUGAAGGCUCAGUUAUUCCUCUCAAGUACAUAGAUCCAGAAGAGUUUAAGGACACACUGAAAAUCAUCCAGAGGCCUGAGAACAAGCUUUUGCUUACUGUAUCCUCUGAAGACAUGACUGUAUGUGGGCCAAGACAAAGUCAAGAUGCCAUCUGUAAGUCCUUAAAUGCAGCACAGAAAACAUCAAAUGCCUACACUUUGGCUGGAGAGUCUUCUGGGGCGUCUCAAGAAACACCAAUGAACAUUGGCAGGAGCAUCAAAGACCCUCUCGUUGAUGCUGGGCUAACCAUAGAGGAGAGCUACUGGAAGCUGAUGACUACUAUCUUCGAUGAGGAUGUUUCUAAGAUCAAAGCUAAGUUUGGUGUGGACUUUAAGAAAUCUGGCAUCAGUCAAGGCAAAGUCAAAGUCAAAGCUCACUAUAAAGGAUCUGAAGGAAAUGCAGCAAUGGAGAGCCAUGCUGUCAGAGCUCUUCUUCAGCUGUACCAGAAGAUUGCCACAUCACACCAUGGUGCCACCGGGUUCAGUGGCUCUCGGUCAGAGGCCUCUAGAGAGCCUGUGUUGAAUGGACAAUCAGGAUACACCACUCGCAACACUGUACAACACUGAAGCACCCCAAAACCUCAACGUCAGAAGGACCAGAGCGUUUUGGGUAUCCUGACCCGGGCUACCUGACAAGAAUCAGAGAGGAGCUGAAUGCAACAUAAAAGUCACAUGAACUCUAAUAUGACUGUUCACACUGAGGUUGUAUUGCAAAAAAUCAGACCUGUAUCUGAUUUGGACCACAUUUGAAAGUGACCCAAAUCAGAACUGAAAAGAUUAGAUUCUAUGUGUUUUUUGCCAUUCAUGAGAAAAUCAGAUCUGAGCCACAUAUGAGCAAAAAAAUCCAGAUUCUGGCCACUUUAGCCUGCAGUAUGAACGUAGCCUUUAAUAAAAAGUGGCUGAAAUUAGUUGUUUUCACACAAAAACACUAAGAUGAUUAUUUAUGCUGAUAUGCAGACAAUUAUAUGAUGUCUUUCUUCUUCUCUUACAAUGUUUCAUAUUAUCAUAUAACAGUUGCUUUGAGGUGCACCAGAUAGCAUUUACAUCUCAAGAGUUUAUGGUUUAGCAACAUAUACGGUAUUAUUUACGGUAUAACUUUUUUUGAGUAAAGGUUUUCUCAUUGUUUAGUUUUUCAAUGUAUAACGGUAUAAGAAUGACAUUUGCAUCCAUAAGUUCAACUAUGUCUACAGUAAACAUGAUCUGAUUUACUGUUUGCUGAAUAAAUUGUUAAAUCAACCCACACUGACCAGGGUUUCUGUGCAUGAUCCUGGAAAACCUGGAAAUGUAGUUUUCCAGUCACGGAAACACCUGGAAAUGAAUUAUCUUGGAAAUAAUCUGUGUUGUCAUGGAAUUGUUUUUCACUUAGGUAAACCUAGGUGUGUUUUAUGUUUGAACUCAACUGUUGGUAGGAUAAACUGUACAAUACUUAAAAGAGGGUUUACCAGAUUCAAAGUGGGACUGACUUUCAGUGAUUUCUGCAUCGUGUCUAUUUUUUCUAAUUUAAUUCUCAUCUACAUGCAUAUAGUCUAAUAAUGGUCACAUUUCUUGUUGCUGCGGUUGAUAAAUACAUGCACAGUGAUGUUGAUUGAACAUGUAAUGAACACUUUCAGAAGAUGAAUUUACUGUAAAAUAAAAUAAAUUCUACUUGAUUUGAA